CGACCGAGGACAGUUCCAUGUGUUGUCACAGACGCUGGUCUCGUGGAGUGUGGAUAACCUUAAAAUUGAUUCAACUAAACCGAAUCUGUCGGCACGCGCCAGUCUCAUCUACAGUAGCUCACGGCAAGACAGUCGCAGUCGCUGCUUUGAUCUUAAACAGAGGGUGAAAUCUGUUUCAACUUUUUUCAGGGACAAAAACCUUUUCAAGCUGACUGGGCCAAAAACAACCCAGGCAAGAUGGAGCCACAUCUCUCCGCCACAGCCGGUCUGCUUUUAGUGUUUGUCUCAGCAGCCUCAGGGUUCUGGUACACCCCUCGUGGGCCCCAGAUGUACCCCUGCCUCACCUACAUGGAGCGCAACAUCCGGGUGGACUGCGAGUUCCCCCCCACCAACCAGCUCCCAGGGCCCUACUGUGAGUUCAAGCAGGACAGCCGCCUGGUGGGUACCACGUACCCCAACGCUGUGGCCCUGGUCUCCGCCGACAACCGGCGGAGGGCCAACGUCAGCCUGGUCACCCCCACACUCUGCCGCCUCACCUGGGCCCCUAUGGCGGAUGAGAAGCCCUACACCUACACCUGCAGGGUGUACCAGGGCAGCGUGUGGAAGGAGAACAGCAUGGGCGUGCACCCAAGAAAUAUUUUUAUCUGCUCUGGCGUCAACAUGAUCCUCCCCUUCGGGCCUUGGCUGCUGGCACUGGUGAUGUCACUUCCUGUAGCCAUGGGGCUUUUGUCUCCGUGACGAUCUGUUUCCGUUUAGAAAGCCAAAUCAAUGAGAUGUUUUUUGAAUCGAUUUUUUUAUAUUAUCACACAGCGCUUCACGUAGUCUGCAGACAUGGCAGAACGCAUGGUCACAAGGGCAUCAAUGUAACACAAACAAGGGCAAGGGAGAGAGAGAGAUCUUUCUGUCUUUCCGCUCGUCUCCAUCACAUCCAAGGUAGAAUUCUUGAGCCGAGGCUGAAAGCUUCCUCUUACUGGUCAGUGUCAUCCUCUAUCACAGCGCUACACCGAACUCACAAACUUCCAAAACAAAUCAAUCACCUCUCAUUCUUAAAAACAGCCGAGUUUGUUUCGAGGAGACGGGAGGGGGUGAGGCCCACUUUCUGACACACCUUAAGGGGAGUGGGCUCUUGUAGGACUGCCACGGCUAGUGGGAACUGACAGGAAGAGUCGUUUCCCAUCAUUAAUACACAAAGCCUCACGUCUCCAAACGGAAAUGACACAGAUCACGCACGACGGUUCUGAAUCAUUAAGGAUCGUUAGAGAUCAUUGGAGACCGUGAAGUCAGGCCUUCUAGGUUGCUAUACGCCUCUUCCCUGUUAUCUAUGUUUUACAAUAAAACCCAUCAACCAAGCCCCAUAAAACCAUCUGGUGCUUUUAGAGGUCAUUGUAUUAUGUUGUAUUUGCACCGCGUCUCAAAGAGCAUGACAGAAGUGUAUCAGAGGACAAUGUUGAAGUUGAAAAAUGCAUAAUCUCGUUGAUGUUUAAUCAAUAUCAGUAGCCAGUUAGCAUGGCGCAUUAGUUAUCAGCCACUCUGGCUUACAUAGCACAUCAUCAGUAAUUGUGUAGCGACAGUUAAAACAAUAUAUGUCAUAUUGAUAUUUCAUGUUCUCUUUCGUGGGUGUGUUCAAUUUCCUAUCAUAAUUAUUCCAUAGGCAACACGUAUUCAAUUCAAUAGUUUUGUAAAGUAUUUUCAAGAAAAAUAUGAAGUGUUACUAAUGCUGGGUUUCUGUUGCCUGUGCUGGUUGCCUGUGCUGGUUGCCUGUGCUGGUUGCCUGUGCUGGUUGCCUGUGCUGGUUGCCUGUGCUGGUUGCCCUCCAGAGUCUAGAGCUUGACACGCCUGUGCUUCUAACAGAACAGCCUAACACGAUUAGCAUUCCACA